AUGGCAUCCUCUAAGCUGGCCUUGCUGCUGGUCUUGCUGUCCUGCAUCGAGUGCUGUCUGUCUGCCUCCUGCAUCGUUGACAGCUUCACAGUCAAAGAUGACUUUGACCCCAAGAGGUAUGCAGGGAAGUGGUACGCAUUGCAGAAGAAAGAUCCAGAGGGUCUUUUCCUGCAGGACAACAUCUCUGCAGAGUACACCAUUGAUGAUGAUGGCAGCAUGACCGCUUCCUCCAAGGGACGUGUCACUCUCUUUGGCUUCUGGGUUGUGUGCGCUGACAUGGCUGCCCAGUACUCCGUCCCCGACCCUACCACCCCCGGCAAGAUGUUCAUGAACUACCAGGGACUGGCCAGCUACCUGUCUAGCGGAGGUGACAACUACUGGGUGAUCGACACCGACUAUGACAACUACGCCAUCACUUACGCCUGCCGCACCCUGAAGGAGGAUGGCAGCUGCGAGGACGGCUACGCCCUUGUCUUCUCCAGGAACCCCCGCGGCCUGCCCCCCGCCAUCCAGCGCACUGUCCGUCAGAAACAGGAGGAAAUCUGCAUGGCUGGAGAGUUUCAACCUGUCUUGCAGUCUGGAGCCUGCUAAAGAGAGAAAGCAGAGAGAAAAGAGCAGGGAAGUGCGCCAGCUGGCUGCAGUCUAGGUGGUUUGACAGCUAGAGGAGGGAGAAUGAGAGCGCAUGUGAGAGAAGCUGUGUUUGUUGCGUAUGUGAGAGUGAAUAAACAGAGGCAAUAAAAAAAACAAUGAGAAAGAAGGAAGAAAAAAAUUAGCGAAGAUGGUGAAAAACCUGCAUGUGUCCCACCAGGAUUCCAACUGAUCAAUUUCCUCCUCUGUUCAUGGAAAAUGUUACUGUUGCUGUGGUGUUUUGAGUGAA